ACUACGUCAUCACCAAUCGACUUGUUUUGACGGUGUGUUUCCGGGGCGCAUGGUAUGUUUACAACCUCUCCUCCUGUCGCCUUCUUACAUUUUUAUCCGCUCCUAUUUCAAACGCGGGGCACUGGAAUGAUACAAUAAAGUCAUUGUCACGGCAUAACUCAGCAACGGUGUUAUUUAUGGAUUCAAAGUUAGCGAAACGCUGCUCACCCUUAAGGCACCGCGCUUGCCUUAAUGUUAAGACGCUAACUCACAAAGUACUUUUUUUUUCCUGCCACACUAGUAUGUAACAUUUUAGUCAUUUAAAACAAACAUAUGGAUAACAUGGAGCAAAAUUUGGAGCCAACCCCUGAUACAGACGACCUUCCACUUUGUGCCAAUACAAAGCACAUUCUAGUCAGACACUAUGCGUUGGACCUGACUGUUCAUUUUCAUAGGAAAGUAAUAAGUGGCUGUGUGGUUCUCUUCCUGGAACCUGUAGCUCCUGCAGAGCAUACAAGCCAUUCAUCAGCCCCACAAGCUGAUUAUAUUGAGUCUUCAUCUCAUAGUGAUUUCACUUUAGUGCUGGACUGCUGCGACCUCAAUGUGUCAAAGGUCGAGCCAGUCGAUGUGGCAUCCUUGUCAGCCGCCUUCCCAGGGGUCUGCACUGACGACCUCAUCCGCAAGCUGGCUUCUAUGCCUUCCGCUGACUGGAGGCAGCAGCAGGAGCUAUUCUCCCAGUGCAGCCGUGCCCCCGCCGAGCAGGAUGGCGGCUCCUUGCGAUUUUGCACAGACCGCUGGAGUCUGCGGGUUCGGAAGCAGGGGGUCUCCUCCCCGUGGGGGUUCCCGCGGGCUCUCAGGAUCUGCUACGAGACGAGGCCGACGGGUAGCUCAAUCCGGUGGACCCAGGACCAGGAUGACAGGGCGUGUGUGUACACUGCUGGCUCACCCAUCAACAACAGAGCGCUUUUCCCCUGCCAGGAGCCGCCUGUUGCCAUGUCAACGUGGCAGGCAACAGUGCGGGCCCCCAAGGAGUGUGUGGUCUUGAUGAGUGGGGAAGAACAGGUUGCACCUACUGAGGGCGUUGACACAAGUUUCUCAAUUUGGCAUUACUACGUUGCCAUGCCCAUGCCUGCAUCCACCUUCACCUUGGCAGUUGGUCACUGGCAGCAAGUGACUCCAGAGUCUCUUCAUGUGUCCUCCCAGGGAGGUUCAAGCAGUGAAGUAACUUCUAUGCUCCACACUGGCAGUGGAGACCAGGCCGCCUCUAAUAAUUCACCCAUGUUGGACGACGGCUUCCCUUGUUCUCAUGGCGACUACCCUUGUCGAUUCAAAGAGCUGUCUGUGAUAUCCCAGCGUGUGAUCCCUCAUCGCGUGUUCGCCCCGGUCAGCCUGCUGCAGAAAGCCCAGAUCGGAGUCCUCGCACUGUUGCCGCAAUGUUUAGCUGCAGCUCACGCCAUUUUGGGAGUCCAUCCCUUCCCCCGCCUGGAUGUUCUCAUUGUGCCAUCUGGGUUUUCCAGUCUGGGCAUGGCCAGCCCCCAUAUCAUUUUCCUGUCUCAGAGCGUGCUGCAUGUCGGGAUCUCGUCUUUAGGAGUAAACAGCCGGUCUUUGUGUGGGUCCAGGCUGUGCCACGAGAUUGCCCACUCUUGGUUUGGCUUGGUUAUCGGUGCCAAAGAUUGGACGGAGGAAUGGAUCAGCGAGGGUUUCGCUACUUACCUGGAGGAUAUAAUCUGGGCCCAAGCACAGCAACUUCCUGUGCAGGAAUCAUUGGAGCAGUUCAACUUGAAAGCGCUGCUACGGUGGAGGAGACUCUCUGACGAGUUGCAGAAUUCAGGAGAGGAGCUUCAGAUCCUCAGACCUAACAUGGAGAAAACGGGCCAGGUCAGCGAGUCUGGCUCCUCGACAGUUAAACAUGCUCUCAACCCUGACAAGUCCUUUUUGCAAGUCCACUACCUCAAGGGCUACUUCUUCCUUAGGUUCUUGGCCAAUCAAGUCGGAGAGCAACCAUUCAUCAACUUUUUCAAAUCAUUUGUGAAGCAAUACCACGGGCAACUCAUUUUAUCCCAGGAUUUCCUGCAAAUGCUGCUCAGUACCUUCCCUGACCUUGCAAGAAAGGGCCUAAAGCUUAGUGCUGUUUAUGCCGACUGGCUCGAUCGACCGGGAAUUCCCAAGUGGCUGCACGAAAGGAGCGCCGUAUGGUCCAGGUCGACGCCGGCGGAGGAAGUCAAGGCGGAGGUUGCAAAAUGGAUUCUCCUCAGUCGGAGUCAUCAAGGGAAGGGCAGAAAGCGGAAGCGAUCGGAGGCCGACAAGGUGAACUACAAAGAGAUGACAUCGGAGCAACUCGUGCUGCUUUUGGAGCUCCUUUUGGAAGAAACGGAGCUGAGCUUGUCGACGAUGCGCACUCUGGCUCGAGCCUACCACUUGCAGAACCAAGACGCUGAGGUGCGACAUCGCUGGUGCGAGCUAGUGGUCAAACACGGACACGCGGAGGCUUAUGGCGACGUGGAACACUUCCUGCGUCAUGAUCAGGCCAUGGGCGUGUAUCUGUACGGCGAGCUGAUGCUUCAGGAGGACGCCGAGCAACAGGCGCUGGCUCGUCGCUGCCUCUCAUUGGUCAGCGAAGAAAUGGACCAAUCAGCACGCAGGGUGGUGGAGGAGAUGGUGCUGUAGCAAGUGCAGGCGGCCGACAACAGAAGGAGAUGACAGGAGCUUGGGGUCGUGCGAGGGUCGAGCACUGGCGGCCAACAGCGGAAUGUUGUGGCGGUCCGACUCCCUGAGCCAAGGCUGAUUGUUGACUGGAGAGGAACAGUUAAAAAUAAAUGUAAAAAAGUUGUGUGUGGCGGGUUGGUCAACUAUUAAGAGUAGUGCCUCCUCAAAUAUCACUUUUAUACGUAAAUGAUGAUCACAAUGAAAUAAAUAUGUUCU